GAUGUUGGAAACACGCGAUGCUCGGAACUUAUUGCCACUUAACAGGGACUAGAAGCAUAAGAAAGUUGCGAGGCUUGUUCACGAUGAUCCAUUCGCGCCUUGCAUCAUCGCCUCUUAGUAUAAAUACCCGACCAGUAAUUCUUUCGCCAUCAACAUUUGCUACAAGGUUUCACUACUCUUCCCGAAUUACAGAAGCACCAUUGCAGCUCUCAGUUUCUGCAUUUCCGCAGUCGUAUUUUACCGGCGAUAGCUUUUCAGCAGGGCACGAAAUCGUACCAAGAGUUAAGAGAUUCAAGCUCCACAAGAAAGAAAGGGAAAGAGGAUUCAGACUCAGAAAAAAUGACGAUCAAACCUGCAGUUCGACUUUCCGAUAGGAACCUGAUUGUGAAGGACCGUACAAUUCUGACCGACGUGCCGGAUAUUGUGAUCGAGACGUCGGCGUCGUCGUCGGGGCCGGUGGAGGGGAUAUUUUUAGGCGCGGCUUUCGAUAAAGACGACAGCAGCCAUGUCGUGUCGCUGGGAAAACUCAGGGACGUUCGUUUCCUUGCGUGUUUCAGGUUCAAGCUAUGGUGGAUGGCCCAGAAGAUGGGAGAUAAAGGAAGGGAUAUUCCUCUUGAGACUCAGUUCCUAUUGGUGGAAACCAAAGAUGGGUCCCACCUUGAAUCUGACGACGGAAACGAGGACAACCAGAUCGUCUACACCGUCUUCCUCCCUCUGAUCGAAGGCUCAUUCAGAGCUUGCUUACAAGGCAACGCAGAUGAUCAGCUAGAGCUCUGUUUGGAAAGCGGCGACAGCGAAACUAAAACGUCGUCGUUCACCCAUUCCCUCUUCAUCAGUGCUGGAACUGACCCGUUUGGAAUAAUCCACGACGCAUUCAAAGCCGCCAAGAACCACCUGAAAACUUUCCGUCUCCGGCACGAGAAGAAACUCCCCGGAAUCGUCGACUACUUCGGCUGGUGUACCUGGGACGCGUUUUACCAGGAAGUAACCCAAGAAGGCGUAGAGUCCGGCCUCGAGACUCUCGCAUCCGGCGGCACCCCUCCGAAGUUUGUGAUCAUCGACGACGGCUGGCAAUCCGUCGGCGGCGAUCCGGAAGACGAAAACAAUUCAGUGAAGCGAUUAACGGGAAUCAAAGAGAACUCCAAAUUUCAGAACAAGGAAGAUCCAACACUGGGAAUAAAGAACAUAGUGAACAUUGCCAAACAAAAACAUGGAUUACAAUACGUGUAUGUUUGGCACGCAAUUACAGGAUACUGGGGAGGGGUACGACCGGGAGUGAAGGAGAUGGAGGAAUAUGGAUCGGAGAUGAAGUACCCAAAGGUGUCGAAGGGGGUGGUAGAGAACGAGCCGACGUGGACGACGGACGCGAUGGCGGUGAAUGGUUUGGGACUGGUGAACCCGAAGAAGGUGUACAAGUUCUACGACGAGCUUCACAGUUAUCUGGCGCGUGCGGGUGUAGAUGGGGUGAAGGUGGACGUGCAGUGCAUCUUGGAGACGCUGGGCGGUGGAUUAGGUGGAAGAGUCGAGCUCACAAGGCAAUACCAUCAAGCCCUUGAUGCCUCCAUAGCCAGGAAUUUUCCAGAUAACGGUUGCAUCGCCUGCAUGAGCCACAAUACUGACGCACUCUACUGCUCAAAACAGACGGCGGUGGUGAGAGCGUCGGACGAUUUCUACCCGCGUGAUCCGGUGUCGCACACGAUCCACAUCGCCGCCGUGGCCUACAACAGCAUCUUCCUCGGAGAGAUAAUGCAGCCGGACUGGGACAUGUUUCACUCUCUUCAUCCUGCCGCCGAGUACCACGCCUCCGCCAGGGCCAUCAGCGGCGGUCCCACCUACGUCAGCGAUGCGCCGGGGAAGCACAACUUCCAGCUCCUGAGGAAGCUCGUCUUGCCGGACGGGUCGGUGCUCCGAGCACGUUUGCCCGGAAGACCCACCAAAGAUUGCCUGUUCUCUGACCCGACCCGAGAUGGCGUGAGCUUGUUGAAGAUAUGGAACAUGAACAAGUAUAAUGGGGUUAUUGGCGUCUACAAUUGCCAAGGAGCGGCGUGGAGUAGCCUAGAGAGGAAGAACGCUUUUCACGAAACCAAAUCUGAAGCCAUCACGGGGUACAUCAGAGGCCGUGAUGUCCACCUCAUUUCCGAGGUGGCCGCCGGCGUUGACGGUGAGUGGAACGGCGAUUGUGCCGUCUAUUGUCACCGCUCCGGCGAGCUUGUGGUUCUCCCGUACAAUGUGGCGAUGCCGGUGUCCCUUAAAGUGCUGGAGCACGAUGUUUUCACGGUGACCCCCGUGAAGGUCCUGGGUUCCGGACUGAGUUUUGCUCCGGUUGGCCUCAUCGAGAUGUACAAUGCAGGUGGCGCGGUUGAAGGGCUCGUGUACGAGGCCAAAGGUGGAAAAGAAAAAAACAAGAGCGAUGAAUUGAUAACGGGUUUGGCUCGUAUGGAGGUAAAGGGGUGUGGGAAAUUUGGUGCUUAUUCAUCAGCCAAACCUAGAAGAUGCUUGGUGGGUUCUAAUGUGGUAGAUUUUGAUUAUAACUCAGAUUCUGGGUUAAUGACAUUGAAUUUAGAUCGUAUGCCAGAGGAGGGACAGAAAUUUCACGUCGUUGAGGUUGAGCUAUGAGAUCACUGAUGUUAUUAGGUUACAUUAGAGAUGAUAAUAAUGUUGGGAAAAUUGGUAUUGUUAGGCAGAUUUACUUCUCUUCACCUUCCUUUACAAUUUUCUGCCCCAUUACAGCGUGCAGUGCUUUGGAAGGGAAGAAAAAUAACUUGUUGGCGGGCUUAAUGAAUGAGAUGAUGUUGUAACCAUUGCAUGGUA